AUGUCUAAACAUCCCGUUCAGACACUGGCGCAGGACGAGGCGCUCGAAAGCAGCAGCGAUGAUUUCGAGGAGAAGCUGGAAGCCUUCAAUGCUCUGGGGACGAAGGGCAACAUGAAGCAAUUCCUCGUUGAACUGAACGCCACCAUCCCCAGGUCCAAGGACCAAUCCGCCGAGUUGCCUGCAACGAACACUCCUACAACACCCUCAGCGAAGCGCUCAGCAGCGGCGCCACAGUCAGCGGCACCAAAGCGCGUGAAGCGUGCAAAGCAAGCAGGAAGGGGCGAAGAGAUCGGCGACAAGACCAGCGAUGAUACCGAAGCACCACAGCGAACGGCUACAAAGCGCGUGAAGCGUGCCACGCGAACGGGAGAGAGCGAAGAGGUUGGCGACAAGACCAUUGACGAUACCCAGGGCACGAUGCCAGGUAUGCUCUCGCGUCUGUUUGUGACAGAUGCAGUGCAGGUGUCAACACCCAUACUGGCCUGUCUCAACGCCCUGGGGUCUCCGCUGAGUGCUGUCGCGGUGCAGAAGCAGGACAGCGAAGACUUGACGACCAGAAUUUCUCCGUUGGUUGAGCCCAUCUCCAUCCUCAUCACGGCUCGGGACUCCAUCAUUCCGACACACAGCCAUCUCGAUAAUUUCGGUCGGUUAGCUGUUGUACUCCGCAAGCACCCGAUCACUGCCCCGGCCUACCUUGGAUCCUUCCUCGCCGGUCUACACUUCACGCUUGUCGAGAGCCAAGAGGACGCAGAAGAGUCGGGGGACACCAGCGCGAGCCACCAAGAGGCUGCAGUCUCAGCUGAGCUAGACGUCCUCUCAAACGAGGUCAAUCGCGCUCUCGACGCAUGGAGUUCGAAAUCCCCCCCGCCACCUUCCGACUCGUUGUUGUACCCGGUGGGCUUUGACAAGGAUGAGAGGGUAACACUCAGAGUAUUUGGGAGAAAGUACAUUACGAAGAACCCCGAGCUCGGCAAGAAGAGGGCGGCGAGAGCUGUCUUGCUCGCUGCCUACAGAGAAAUCUUGGCAAGCUGGCCGGUCGGACGAGGAGGGUCGCUGGCGUCGGCAAAGAGCGUGUUGGUAGGGGCAAGGAAGAAUGUCGGUCUACUCAAGGGCAAGCCUCUGUCUACCAAGACUCCUGACUAUGAGAUGGGCGAUGAGGAGGAGGACCACGAGGAGGCGCAAUACGAGGAGGAAGACGGAGAGGAAGACGAGGAGGAGGAACAGAGGGUUAACCUGCUAUCGCCAAGGGAGUAG